CUGAGUUGAGUUGAGUUGAGCUGAAGAAGAUAUGGCGAUGCCGAAGAGACACGAAGGAGACGAAGAAGAAGAGGUUCAGAACUUCCGGAAGAGACUGAAAUGCAGAAAAUACGAGGAGGUUCAAUGCGAAGAUGGAGAAGAAGACGAAGAAGAAGAAGAAGAACAAGUUUCAGAGAAGGCAGAGAUGGGGGGUAUGAUGUACCCAAUGACUCCGACGUCGUUUGUUGUCUCCGAUGCUCUGGAGCCCGAUUGUCCCAUAAUUUACGUCAACAAAGUGUUCGAGACGUUCACCGGAUACGGAGCUCAUGAAGUUCUCGGUCGUAACUGUCGGUUCUUACAAUAUAGGGACCCUCAUGCUCAAAGACGACAUCCUCUGGUAGAUCCUGACGUCGUUUCUGAGAUUAGAAGGUGUCUUGAUGAAGGAGUUGAGUUUUUAGGUGAGAUUCUAAAUUUCAGUAAGGAUGGCACUCCUUUGGUGAAUAGGCUAAGGCUGAAACCUAUACUUGAUGAUAACGGGAGUGUCACACACAUCAUAGGCAUUCAAGUAUUUGCUGAAACAAAGAUAGAUCUCAGCAGUGCAUAUCCAGUUUACAAAGAGAUAUGCACUGAGCAGUACAGUGAAUCCAGUAAGUAUUCUCUCACCAGUGGACAAACACCUUCAACCCAACAUCAAGAAAUUUGUGGGAUUCUUCAACUAUCGGAUGAAGUCUUGGCUCACAACAUCUUUUCGCGCUUGACACCGAGGGAUGUGGCAUCCAUUGGGUCUGUAUGCAGAAGAAUCCGUCAGCUAACAAAAAAUGAGCAUUUGAGGAAGAUGGUAUGUCAAAAUGCAUGGGGAAGAGAAGUCACUGGUACAUUGGAAUUGAUGACUGAUAAGUUAGGGUGGGGGCGUUUGGCUAGGGAACUGACAACUCUUGAGGCUAUUUGUUGGAGGAAAUUCACUGUUGGAGGUUCUGUGGAGCCUUCUCGAUGCAACUUUAGUGCUUGUGCUGUGGGAAAUCGACUUGUACUGUUUGGAGGUGAAGGGGUUGAUAUGCAGCCAAUGGAUGACACAUUUGUUCUCAAUCUGGAUGCUGCCAACCCAGAGUGGACUCGAGUAAGUGUGAAAGCAUCGCCACCAGGGCGCUGGGGCCACACUCUUUCAUGUUUGAAUGGUUCUUUGUUGGUAGUGUUUGGGGGAUGUGGACGUCAAGGGUUGCUUAAUGAUGUUUUUGUUCUUGACUUAGAUGCCAAGCAGCCAACGUGGAAAGAAGUUUAUGGAGGAACUCCUCCUCUCCCCAGAUCCUGGCACAGUUCUUGCAUUAUAGAAGGUUCUAAAUUAGUCGUGUCAGGUGGAUGCACAGACGGUGGGCUACUUCUUAGUGACACAUACGUAUUGGAUCUCACCACAGCAUAUCCAAUCUGGAGGGAGAUUCCAACUUUGUGGUCUCCUCCCUGUAGGUUGGGACAUUCGCUUUCAGUGUAUGGCCGAUCAAAAAUUCUCAUGUUCGGUGGACUCGCCAACAGUGGGCAUUUACGGUUAAGAUCAGGUGAGACUUACACCAUUGAUUUGGAAGACGUAGUGCCUCAGUGGAGGCAACUGGAGUGUAAUGCAUUUACCAGCAUUGACAGCCAGAGUGCAGUGCUUCCUCCUCCUCGACUUGAUCAUGUUGCUGUUAGCAUGCCUUGUGGAAGAGUUAUCAUAUUUGGUGGUUCAAUUGCCGGGCUGCAUUCUCCUUCUCAACUUUUCUUGUUGGAUCCUUCCGAAGAGAAACCUUCCUGGAGAAUUCUCAACGUUCCAGGGCAACCACCCAAGUUUGCUUGGGGCCACAGCACCUGUGUGGUCGGAGGAACAAGGGUCCUGGUACUGGGUGGCCAUACAGGUGAGGAGUGGAUACUUAAUGACUUGCAUGAGUUGUGCUUAGCAAGCAGGCAGGAUUCAGACCUAUGAUAAGAUUUCUUCUUUGCCUUACUGUGCACCAACCACUGGAAGCAAUUUUGUUUUGUGAUCUCUGUAAGUAAAGCUUCUUCCACCCAAGUCCCCAGUGAUCAGCUUUGUUGUGUAAUGAUGAUUGGUUUUUGAUGUUGCUUGUUGUGGUUAGAUUUGUACUACACUGUAUUUAGAUCACACUAUGAAUCACUUUUAGCUGUACAUUGUGACCUUAGUAUAUGAAUGUGUAAUACAAAUUUCUUUUGAAAGAGAGGGCGUCGUAUUUCAAUGAAAUGAACUAAACUGCAAGAAAAUGUCAAGGUCUGACCCCAA